CGUUCCUUCACUACUCGAUUUACUUUCUCUUCUUCUCUUUCCAUUCCUCAUUUCCCAUUCCUCUCCUCCACAUCCUUCUCUGCUCUCCCUCUCUUUCUAUCUCUCUCUUUUUUCUCUUUCUUUCUUUCUCCUUCACAACCCUCUCUAUCCUCACUCUCUAUCCUCACUCCGCCUUUCGCGUGCGAUUAAGUAUUACUCUACUAUAAUAUCACUACUUUCUCUUACGACCCAUUCCUCACUCUGCACCCCCUGCAGCACACAUUUUUAAUACGAUCCAAUAUUCAAGGCAUUCAUGUCCUCCUACUCCGCAUACCAUUCGCACCGCAAAGCAAACGCAGCGGCCCAAAGUCAUAAUAGCUCUAAUCAUAAUCUCAACAGCAAUAAUAAUAACCCUUCCCUUGGCUCAGAAGCCAUCAGCAACGAUAAUACUUACAAUAACAGCACCUCGCGUGCUGGUUCGCCGACCGUCCAUCCAGAACAUCCUCAACCAUCUUCGCCUCUCUCCAUAUCCCUCUCUUUGUCUUCGUCUUCAUCGACAAUUCACUCGGCCCCACCCACCUAUACCAUUGAUUAUACCCAAAACACAACCUCUGUCACUCCAUCUCAGACAAAAGUAAACUUCGCCCCUACUGGAAACACAAGUGUUUCAAGCACGGACAGUGCACGCCUCCCUUCACGUGCUCCUUCACCUAAUAUGUCUUCCUCGGCCCCUACGAGAUGGAAGCGAAUGCGACUCAACGUCAUGAAGAUGGCUACAGUCGAGCGACUCCAGUUAUUGUGGGCAUUAUUGGCUCUCUUUGGAACCAUGUCCUGGCUCGCUAUGAUGCCUGCCUAUGCUUUCAGGAACAAGUUCGAUGCUGUCAACUUUAAGGCCCCUUCGUAUACAUUCUUCCUGAUUGCAACUAUAUUCACUUCACUUUCAGCCAUCUGGCAGUCGCUCUGUCCGUUCUUGGUCCGUCAAAGUCAACGUGCACUUCUACCACGUGUUAUCAACCACCCCGCCACCCAGACUGCCACCAUCAUCAUUUCAGUUCUUUUGACUAUCUUUAAUUUCUUUAGCUGGAUGGCUUUAGCUUCUGAUAAGAACUAUGGUGCAAAAACUGAUUGCUGGACGGGUCGACUCUCAGAUAAGGACGGCUAUGUUGCUCAAUGCCGAGGCGUCAAUGUAGCUAUUGUGUUUGAUGUCGUUGUCUUUUUACUCUGGAUCCCUAUUUCUCUUGUCAUUGUAUGUGGAACUAUCGAUCGUGGUUUAUGGUGGUGGGGUGAGGACGACGGUUGGGCGCAAGGAGAGGCCAUUGUCGGAGGAUCCAACAUGAUGUCUGAGGAAGAAUUCGAUAUGAAGAUUGGGCUUGGCGGAAGUAAGAAAAUUGUACGUCGACAGACAGUUCAUCCUGAAAAUCUGGCAUCACAGCAGGAGAUGAUCCAGCAGCCAAAACCUGCUUUCGUAACCCCAAUUGCCUCUCAAUUCCGCUCAACAUCUGCAUUUGGACUGGAUGGGGAUAAUGACGACGACGACGAUGAUUUUACAAACUUUACGCCCUCAAGCUACCGAAAGCAUCAUCAACAGCGUCAACAGCGUCAACGGCUUCAGCAACAGCAAAUCCCACAUAGGCAAUUGAGUCGACGCGGCUCAAACACGUCGCUAUCGAGCCGACUAUCAUCGUUCUUUGGUGCUGGAUGGGGCUCUGGAUCGUUAGAAGAUGAAGAACAGCCCCCAAUGCCGGCGAUGCCAUCACAGUAUCGACAGCAGAAUUCUAAUACGUUGUCUGUAAAUGUAUCACGGACCAACCUCAGUAGCAAUAGUGUUCACCAGAAUAAGAGCAAAAACAAUGGUGGUAAUAAUGGUAACAGGGUGCAAAGACAACAGCCAUCUCCUAAGAAGGAGGAACCGAAGAAGAAACCUGAACCAGAGCCUGAACCAUCUGUAAUGUUGCACGGCGCAGAGUACACCUCCCAAUGGCAUUCGCGUCGUUAUGAUGAUUGGUCUUGAGGAGAUGAUAAAAAGUCCGAGUAGUAGGAG